UUUAAGUUAUAUUUGAUUUAAUCAUGCAAUAAUGUACUGUCUUUCUGUGUUGAUGUUGUUUAUUGCCUUUUGUGAAACUUAACUUUAAUGUCAUUUUAGGUAUUCUGGAUGGAACCAGUGCUGCUUUUGAUGCACUUGGCACAGUUGACUGGAAAACCAAGUGUGUUGCAUUUGGGGCAGAUGGUGCAGCAGUUAACAUGGGUGUCCAUAGGGGAGUAAUUGCCUUACUCAAGAGGGAUGUGGGAAACCAUGUUAUCCCUAUCCACGGCAUGCCACACAGGUUGGAGUUGGCCAUUCUGAAUUUACAGCGCAAGGAUGCAAUGGUCACAAAAGUAUACAACCUUCUCCAUCUUGUGUGGAAGACCUACCACUUCAGCCCUAAAUCCAGGCGUGAGCUGAAUACAAUUGGGGAGGAGCUUGGAGUGGGGAUCUGCACUCCUUCAAGUGUAAAAGGAACAAGGUGGAUUCCCCAUGUCCACAGAGCACUUAAUGUGCUCCUUUGUGCUGGAAGAGGUGGGAAUCUGGCAACUGACAGUGGUCAGUAUGCCGCCAUUCACCACCACAUGGAACACCUUGCCUCAUCUGCAGCCAAUGCAGACAUACAAGGUCGUGCUAAAAAGAUUAGGAAGGAAAUGCAUGAAGUUAACUUCUGUGCAUUUAGCCAUUUCCUGGCUGAUGUUUUUCAUGAGCUGGCCUCACUCAGCUGCAUCCUUCAGAGGAAUGAUCUCAUUCUACCUCAAGCAGUUUCAGAAAAUAGGAAGACAGUCAUGGUACUGCAGGCUAUGCAGGGAACCCCUAAGAGAGGUGGCAUGCUAUGCCAGUUUUUGGCUUCUCUUCCAGGACCGCAAAUGGAAGAAGUCACAUUUCAGGGUGUGCCACUCUCUGGUGAUGUGACGGGUAACUUAGGCAAUCAGAAACUAAAAAAAAACAUGACUGCUGUGAUUGCCAUCACUGUGGAAGCCCUGAAUACUCGCUUUGGUAGUCUGAUCAAUGCGGAAACCCAAGACUACUCUGUGGUAAAUUGUUUCACAAUUUUCAACCAUGACACAUGGCCUGAAAAUAGUGAUGAGCUCCUCAACUAUGGAUCUGACAAGGUGGAAGCCCUCGUGGAACACUUUAGUGAUGUGCUUACUAGCUUUGGAUGCCAGCUUGAAGCUAUACAAGAGGAAUGGCAGAGUGUUAAGACACUCAUAAGCCACACAUUUCAGGACAAGUCCUACAGCAGCUUAUGGCAAAUGCUUUUGACUAAAGAGCCAUAUAAAACAGACUACAAGAACCUCCUGCACCUAGUUGAGAUCCUAUUGAUUCUGCCCAUUUCUGCUGCGCAGUGUGAGCGCGGUUUCUCAGCACAAAAGCGCAUCAAGAGCAAGAGCUCUUUAAGAAGUAGUUUGCAUGUAUCUACUACUGAGGACCUGAUUCGGAUCAGCACAGAGGGACCCUCCCUGGAACGUUUUGAUCCUACAAAAUGUGCUGAAAAUUGGCUGUCUGCUGGAAAGAGGUCAAGGCGACCAGGCUACAAAGCUUGGCCAAGUGACUCAGACAUGAUCUUCAUUUCAGAUGAAAUGUGAAACAUGCAUAGGGCCUACAUACAAUAAUAAAUAUACAAUGAAAUCUACAUGACGUUUUGUUUGACAGUUUUGGUCUGAUGUUCUUAACCUUACAACAAGUAUUGUAAUGUGUUAUUGUUAAUAACAAUAAUAAUAAACUUAUACAACAAAA